UCUGUUUCACUUCCGCGUUCCUCUCAUAGCAACAGCAGCAGAGCCAAAAUGGCACCCGGCAGAGAUCCUGCGUGACACCGAACCGACUUACAGGCUGAAAGCAGCGUUCGGCAGCGGCAUGGCCUCGGCUCAAGCUCGGUUGGGUCAGCAGGUGCUGGCUGUACUCGAUGUGGCUCUGCGGGUUCCGAGCAUCUUCAUCAUUGACGCGAUAUUUAACUCGAACUCUGAUCCCGGGAGCGCGCUCAUCCGCGCGUUAGGGAUUUUGGUGUCCGGUGUGGUUCUGGUUCUGUCUCAGAAGUCCCUCUUGAGGUUCUACUCUCUCUUGUCGGCCCUUCUGCUGGGAGCCGCGUCGGUUCUCGUGAAUUAUUAUGGGACGGGAUCUCGUGUGGACUUCUACAGCGCUUACGAGGCGGUGGCGCCGGGCUUCGGUCUGCUGCCUCUCAGCGGCCCCACGUUGUGGCUGGGAUUGGCCGCCCUGCAGCUGCUCUUCGGCCUGGGCUACGUGGCGCUGCUCGACGUGCGGCCGCCGUGCGCCUUCCUGGUGCUCCUGGACGUCACGGCUCCUCUGUGGGGGCUCGUCAUGGAUUGUCCGGCAGACGUUAGGCGGCUGGUCGCCGGCGUAUCCGGACUGCUCUUGGCUGCGCACGCCGGCAUCAGCCUCCUGCUGAAGCUCAAGCGCUUUUAUUACUCGUGCCGCUACGUUCACCUGCUGCUGCGACACAUGUACAGGAUCUACGGCCUGCAGCUGCUGCUGGAAGACACCUGGAAGCGGAUCCGAUUCCCUGACAUCCUGCGAGUUUUCUGGCUGACGCGUAUGAUGGCGCAGGCCGUGGUCCUGGUGUACGUAGUGAGGGCGGUGCGGUCGGAGAGCGGCCUCCAGCUGACCUGGGACGUGUUCUGGGACUUGUUUAGCAACCUGAUCAUCAGCGGCUGCGACUCGACGCUCACCGUGCUGGGCAUGAGCGCCGUCAUCUCGUCUUUGGCUCACUACCUGGGCCUGAGCAUCCUGGCCUUCAUCGGUUCCACUGAAGAGGAGGACAAAAGACUGGGCUUCGUGGCGCCGGUUCUGUUCUUCAUCCUGGCCCUGCAGACGGGCCUGAGCGGCCUGAAGCCGGAGGACCGCUUGGUCCGGCUCAGCCGAAACAUGUGCCUUCUGCUUACGGCCGUUUUGCAUUUCAUCCACGGCAUGACGGACCCGGUGCUCAUGUCGCUGAGCGCCUCGCACGUUUCCUCGGCCCGCAGGCACGCGCCCGCACUGCUGGUGUCUCUGGUCCUCCUGGCGCUGCCCAUCCUGCUGAGUUAUUUCCUGUGGCAUCACCACGUCCUCAAUACCUGGCUGUUCGCCGUCACUGCCUUCUGCGUGGAGCUUUGCCUGAAGGUGCUGGUGUCUCUCACUGUCUACGCGCUGUUCAUGAUCGACGGCUUCUACAACGUCCUGUGGGAGAAGUUGGACGACUACGUCUACUACGUUCGCUCGGCGGGUAACGUCAUCGAGUUCGUCUUCGGCGUGAUCAUGUUCGGUAACGGCGCUUACACCAUGAUGUUCGAGGGAAGCAAAAUCCGCGCUUGCAUGAUGUGCCUUCACGCCUAUUUCAACAUCUACCUGCAGGCCAAGAACGGCUGGAAGACCUUUAUCAACCGCCGGACGGCCGUCAAGAAGAUCAACUCGCUGCCAGAGGUCAAAGGAGCUCGGCUCAGAGAAAUCCAGGAUGUUUGCGCCAUCUGCUACCAGGAGUUUGCCACCUCGGCACGCAUCACGCCCUGCCACCAUUAUUUCCACGCGCUCUGCCUUCGCAAGUGGCUCUACAUUCAGGACACGUGUCCCAUGUGCCACCAGCGCGUCUACAUCGAGGAUGACAGCCAUGAGCGGGCGGCUUUCUCCAACAACAACGGAUAUGCCGCGCCGGGAAGGGAGCGGGCGGAGUUUGAGGACGUGGGCGGGGCAGAUGCACCCGUGGCAGAUGCGCACGAAGGGGUGGAGCCUGAAAAUGAACUCUUGGAGGACAAUGACAGCAUCGAGUACGACGAGGAGGAGUGGGGCACGCAGACUGGUCUGACUGGUCAGAUAGAAGAAGAUUACAUCAACGAUGACACUGACUCGAAUUGAGCCAAGCGCAUCAGAGAUGUCGUCUCGGUUUCUUUCUUUGUGUUGGUAAAAAGGGCCGAAGUGUUACGAUGAGACGCUCGUGUCUCUCCGGACGGCUCUUAAGGGAUGUUUGGAUAUUUAAGUGUAAAUGAUAGAGAGUGAUAGCUACUGUAAUAUCAGUUUACCUCGAUAUGAUCACUACUGGUCUCUUGUGUGACCUUCCUUAUAAUUGUGUACAUUAUUGUACAUGUCAAUGUUAAAAAGAUUGAUCCACUGGUGUAAAGAAACGCAGCGAGGAGUCUUUUCAGUAUCGAUUAUCACACGGUGUUGUCGCUUCAUGACCCUGACACACGCAGCAUUUUAAAAGAACAGCCGCAGAAUCUGUCUGUCCUGUCGUGAGCGCCGGCUUAAAGCUCAAACCGAUAGUUUGUGUUUCUUUGAUUUUGGCUAAAAUGAUUGAUUUUCCAAGUGAACUAAUGUACAGAAAUGAUCCGCCUUAGUUCUUGGUGUAAAUAAAAUAAUUAGAUAAA